AGGGAGAAAGGGAGGGGAGGACCAGAAAUGCAGUCAGGAGGGCCUGGUAUUGGUUAGGUGGGUUUUUCCCUCCCCAUUCCCUCCAAAGAAACCCAGGGUCUAGUUCUCACCUACCCCUGCCCAACAGUGGCCAUUGGCCCAUCACCCUCUCCAAUGUCCUUGAUCUGAAUUCUUAGAAGCACAGGAAACAACAUGCCACAUAGGAGUUGAGUAAGCAUCUCUGGGGCCACAAAUUAAAUUAAGCUUUCAGGGCCGCCUGCCUUGUUACUGCUAAUGGCUCCGGCCUUGCUCGGCUCCUAGGUCCCUGUCCCAUGGACAUUUGGGGACCCUGGGCACCCUCUCUGGCUCCCAAAUUGUAAUUAGCUCCUGGAAACCUCACCCCAAAUUGGAGAUAGGCACCCCUCUUAUAGAACAAAAGGCUCAGGUUCAGGGAGUGAGGGUCUGAACUGUGCCCCCACCCUCCAGGAAGGGCCCUUCACAGCCUGGCUGCAGGGAUCAGUCACGUGUGGCCCUUUAUUAGGCCCUGCCAUAUAAGCCGAGGGCACGGGGUGGCCAGGAACUCUCUAGGCAAGAAUCCCGGAGGCAGAGGUGAGUUCUCAGGUUGGGCAGGGACUCCUCCUCUCUGUAGGGUCUCUAUCUGGGCAUCUAGAGGGGACUCCAAGGAUUAGGAGGGACUAAGUGGUGCGUCUUCCUGCUGAGCCAGGCCAUGCUGACUGCAGCACUGCUGAGCUGUGCCCUGCUGCUGGCACUGCCUGCCACGCAAGGAGCCCAGAUGGGGCUGGCCCCCCUGGAGGGCAUCAGAAGGCCUGACCAGGCCCUGUUCCCAGAGCUCCCAGGCCUGGGCCUGCGGGCCCCACUGAAGAAGACAACUGCAGAACUGGCAGAAGAGGAUCUGUUGCAGGAGGCUCAGGCCUUGGCAGAGGUACUAGACUCGCAGGACCGCGAGCCCCGCUCCUCACGUCGCUGCGUAAGGCUGCAUGAGUCCUGCCUGGGACAGCAGGUGCCUUGCUGUGACCCCUGUGCCACAUGCUACUGCCGCUUCUUCAACGCCUUCUGCUACUGCCGCAAGCUGGGUACUGCCAUGAACCCCUGCAGCCGCACCUAGCUGGCCAACGUCAGGGUCAGGGCUAGCGUAGGGGCAAGCAAAUGCGAAUAAAGGAUGGGACCAACCCCAA